CGCACACUACACUCUGAUUGGUCGGUUUUGUUUUGCGUGCGCUGCUCAGCCAAUCAUACGCAGGGUGUAGACGUUGCUGCGGUGUCGGUCGGGCUCCAUCCAGCCUGUCAGCGUGUACUGCCCGGGGUGUUGAGGACAAGGAGCGCACUGUGUGGUGACCGGACCGCCAGGACACGGGAGCGAUAUAACGGCCGCUCUGACACGGACUGCGUCACUGGAGCAGAGGUUGAUUUUAUUUAAGAUGGAGGCUAUGUCUGUUGUGAACCAUUUGAGGAAUCUUGCUUCAGACCCUCAGAAUAGAGCAAGUAUUAUGAGAGAUAAGAGCUGCCUUGCAGGUCUCAUUCUGUUUCUUGACCAUCGUGAAGCAUGUGUGGUUGAGUCUGCACUAAAGACAAUUUCAUAUUUAAGCGAAGAUCCAACCCACUGUGAAAUAAUGCGAAAUGAACUUGGUAUGAUGGUUAGCUUGGAGAGCAUAAAAAACAGGUGUGAUAUUAAUGAUGACCUCAAACAACUUGCACAGAGCAUAUAUGCUUCUUUUACAUUCCCUUCUCAAAAGUACACACCAGAAAAGACAAAGCCACAAUUUUUUAUCUCCAGCUGUAACAAGAGAGUGAAAACUGUAACUCUUCAUAUUCAUGGACUUGAUGACAUGGAGAAGAAGAAUAUUUGUGAAGAGGCAUUGUUGAAAGUGAGAGGUGUAAUAAGCUUUACAUUUCAAUUAGCCGUGCGACGAUGCACUAUCCGAGUAAAAUCAGAUCUGGCAACAGAGUGUUUAGCAUCUGCAAUUGCAGAAACAAAAGUUUUAAAAGCACAGCAAGUGAUUAAGAAUGAAUCUGGAAAUGAGGUUUAUGUUCCCCUUCCAAAGAUAGAUUUGCCUGUAGAAAAAAACUCCUGCUUGCCAGACUACCUACCUGAAGAGGAGAGCCCUCAGAAAGAUCUGGAAAGAGCUAUAACAUGCCCUGGAUUAAAGGUUAACUGUCGUGGAAGCUGGAUUAAUACUGCAGCCAAUUUCCUCACCAAAACCUUUUACUGGUGACCAAAUUUGUAAACAUUUGUAAAUAUGUUCUUUGUUUAAGUCCUAGACCUGUUAAACCUGCACAUUACAUUUUUACAUGUUUUAUGUGGCAUUUAAAACACUAAUUCUCAACAUACGGUCUGUAAAGUUUAUAUGUUUUAUACU